AUGGUACGCGCUUCCACAGCUUGUCUCCCGGCCACAACAUCUCUACUAAACCAUCAUCACCAGGUCCUCUUUAAACGUAAACCCGUCCGCUUCCUGCCGGCGGUGGAUAUUGAGGAUGAGAACGUUGAGGUCUGGCAUAUUCCUCAAACGGGAGAGGUCUUUACUUCGUACGAGGAUUAUCUCGACCGCAUGGAUUUCUACAAACAGCGUCGCUUCAAUGAUCAAAUCACUGGUCACUCAGGUUUGACCUUUUUUGAAGCUUUGAAAAGCGAGCUCGCAGGUGGCAAAGAGGUUGAAGCUUCGUUUCCCGAAGCCUUGAAAGGUCCUAUACUGCGUAAGGUGCAGUUUCAGAUUGUUUCACGGCUCGAUAACCUCGUUGACCAAAUUUACGACGAGUUCAAGCAUGACUAUUACCCUGGUGAAGAAGUCACAGUCACCAUGAAAGGAGGCGAUCGCGCUCACGGAUUGGUCCGCGACAAGACAACUUUCGGGCCCCGCGCUCUCCCUGACGGAAGCCAUUCUUUGCCGACGACCCGUUAUCUCGUGGAUCUCAAGGAUUCGGAAGAAGAGACCAUAGUGACAGACGAACACAUCUGCCGAGACCGAGGUAUCUUUACCAAGGCAAUGCUCAGAUCCUUCAUCAAAAAGACAGUCACUCGCGAUGCAUGGAACGGCGCGCCGUGGUUGGUAAAGCACGAUUAUGCGAGCCAGUAUCAUAUUGAUACGCGCGUUCCUCCUCACCUUAGAUAUGAUACCAAGGUCAUGGAGCGCAAACAGCUCCAGGCCCAGAAGAGAGCCCACGUGCAUCAUGAAACGAACGGUCAUGACUUGACUAACGCGCUUCAUUCUGGGCCAGUACGUCUGCCGGAACUCAAGCCUGCUCCCAAGAGCAAGGCAAAGCCGGGACAGCAGGGAGCAGGAUCCAAGGGUAUCAAAUGGCCUCUCAACAUGCCUGUUCAUGGCGGAAACCCAUUCAGUUCACCAUCGGAUUAUGGCAUUCAGACACCUGUGCAGCGUGAACCUACGCCGCCACCACCCCCUCCCCCUCCUCCGAAGUACCCCAUUGAAGAUUUGCAGCUGGAGCCCCGUGAAGAUCGCAAGCGCCCGCCGCUGAAGUUUCUUUGCAGAAACCCUCCUGCCAAAGUUGAAAACGACAACAUGCCACAGAGCGAGUUCUGCGACAAGAUCAACAUGGAAUCGAUCGGCCCGUUACUCGAGACGUGGGAUACCCUCAAUGUGUACUGCGAGGUUUUCAAACUGGACUCUUUCACUUUCGAUGAUUAUGUUGAGGCCCUCUGUGUUGCUUCAGAGCAGGUACCAAUCCAACUGCUUGACGAGAUUCACUGCUCCGUAUUAAAAAUCCUGGUCGACUCUGAAACCGACGGUGGCAAGGUGCGAAUCAACCUACCCGAGGUUGAUGAAGAGGACAGUGACGAAGAAGACAGCGACGAUGGCAGCGAGUCGCCGGCCCCUGAACCAGAAGUCAAGCCCGGAAGACGAGCCACCCGUAGCAGUCUUGCCAAAGCGGAGGCUGAGAGAAUCGCUGCUGAGGCAGCUGCAGCCGAGAAGGAAACAGAGGAAGAGACGAAGCAUCGCGCCGAGCAGCUUCUAAAGGAUUAUGACUGGAUUGAGCAUCUUCGAAAGCGAGAUUUUCCCAAUGGAGGCUGGGAGCGAAUCCUGGUUGGCCUUCUUCAUCAGUUGUCAAAGAACGAACGGCAACACGACGUUUGCGAUGAGCUCUUACACCUGUUGGCCCCUGCUGGAGUCGAUGCUACCCAGGAAACAGUCAAGCAGCGAUAUUCUCAGCUCGACAUUAACCAGCGUGUCAAAGUGUUACAGAUUCUUUGCAUGUUGAUCACCGAGACUAAGGCCAUGCGAGGUUAUAUGGAGGAUUGCAGCGAAACCAUGACCACUUACCGCAAGGAGAGGAUCGAAUGGCAGCGGCAACGUAAGCAAGCCACUGAAGACCUGCGUCAACUCAAUGAACAGAGGAGGAUUCUGUUACCGGAUAACAUGCCUCCUUCGCCGCCUAAGGAAGAUGAAGAAGACGUGAAAAUGACUGAACCUGACGAUUCGAUCAUGUCCCGGGAAGCAGAUGGCGAAGAAACUGAGGAUGAUCCAUCGGCACGUAAGCGUCGCCGACCUCUAACAGCUAAGCAGCGCAAGCAAGAGGAAGAGCAGGCUCGCAAGAAGGAGAAGGAGAAGGCUGCUAAGGCCGCCAAGACUCCCAAAGCUCCAGCUCAAUCAAAGCAGUUCACCAAGCUAUUGAAAGAUAUUCAGAAGAAGGAAGAUGUCAUCAAGAAGUGCGAAGAUGAGAUUGCUGUCAUCGAGAACGACCUGCGCGAAGCCGACUGCCCCCGAACUCGAGUGCUUGGAAAGGAUCGCUUCUGGAAUCGGUACUAUUGGUUUGAGCGGAAUGGCAUGCCGUAUGGUGGCCUUCCCGAUAGCUCGACUGCGUCGGCGGAUUAUGCCAACGGUCUCAUUUGGGUUCAAGGUCCUGACGAGCUUGAGCGAGAGGGAUACAUCGAUCUUCCUGCCGAGCUCCAGGACGAGUACAAGGCAAAAUUCAACAUGACAGUUCCUGAGCGAAAGGCUAUGGAGGAGGCCAACACCAGCGUAUUCAAUGCACAUCAAUGGGGCUACAUAUCGGAGCCUGAACACGUUGACGAGCUUAUCAAAUGGCUGGAUCCUCGUGGGUUUAACGAACUCAAGCUCCGAAAAGAGCUCUUGGCAUUCAGAGACAAAAUUGCCAAACAUAUGGAGAGUCGCAAGACCUACCUCUCUAUCUCUAAUGAGGAAGAGGCAGAUAAGAAGGAGGAAAACCAGAAGCGAAUGAGCACACGUAUUCGGGAUAAGACACCUGAGACACCCAACUAUCGCAGUCUCGAGUGGGAGAACACGACUGCUCUGGAGGAAUUAGGUCACCUGCACAGCGAUCCCCCGCCACCACCAAGAUCUCGAAAGCAAACUAGAAAGCGGGAGGCUACUAAUGAUGCGCCCGCCCCAGCAGCAAAGUCCAGAAAACGAUGA